AUGGCGACAGUAUUACCACCACCGUCGAAACGACAGAGAAGGGAGGAGAUUGAGCGCACCCAAACGCAACAGGAUGUCGCCCCGCUCUUGUCCGCGGACCUCGGGUCGUUCAAGGCCAAUUUCGUCGACAGCGAUGGCAACCAAAUGGCCGAUGUGAUCGAGAUAAACUUCGCCGAUGCCACAGAGAAGAACAUAUCCUCAUUGCUAAACACUCUGUUAGGAAGGGAUCGUGAGGACUUCACUCCCUACCGCUUCCGCAUCCAUAUCCCCGGCAAGGACGUUAUUAUAGACCAGUACCCCACGGAUCUGCUGGCUCUGCUUCAAAAACACGGCGUUACCAACCCCUUUGAGACCACCAUCACUCUCAGCGCCGAACCCCAAGCGGUCUUUAAGGUACAAGCCGUCUCGCGCCUAGCGCACCGCAUCCCAGGCCACGGUCAACCAAUACUCGCUUGCCAGUUCUCCCCUAUAUCGUCUAGUCGCCUGGCUACCGGUAGUGGAGACAAUACGGCACGCAUCUGGGAUACGGAUUCGGGCACCCCAAAGCACACAUUGAAGGGGCACACUGGCUGGGUUCUGGGCGUCAGUUGGAGCCCCGACGGUCAACGCCUGGCAACCUGUUCCAUGGACAAGACGGUGAGGAUAUGGGACCCAGAAACUGGGAAACCGUUCGGGCAGGAUUUCAAGGGUCACGCCAAGUGGGUGCUGGCUGUAGCGUGGGAGCCCUAUCACCUCUGGCGUGACGGCACUGCCCGUCUCGCAAGUGCGAGCAAGGACGGCACGUGCCGGAUAUGGGUCGUCAACUCUGGGCGGACCGAGCACGUCCUCAGCGGGCACAAGGGCUCCGUUAGCUGUGUGCGGUGGGGAGGCACCGGCAUGAUCUACACAGGGUCGCACGACAAGUCUGUGAGAGUUUGGGACGCCGUGAAGGGGACCUUGGUGCACAAUUUUACUGCCCAUGGUCACUGGGUCAACCAUCUUGCGCUAUCUAGCGACCACGUCCUCCGGACUGGCUAUUUUGACCAUACCAAGGAGGUGCCCGAUACAGAGGAAGGCAAGAGGGCAAAGGCGAGGGAAAGGUUUGAAAAGGCGGCCAAAAUCCAGGGCAAGGUGGCCGAACGCCUCGUUUCGGCGAGCGAUGACUUUACCAUGUACUUGUGGGACCCGACUAACAACGGCAAUAAACCCGUUGCACGAUUGCUGGGCCAUCAGAACAAGGUCAAUCAAGUGCAGUUUUCGCCCGACGGAACCCUCAUCGCCAGCGCCGGUUGGGAUAACAGCACAAAACUUUGGAAUGCCAGGGAUGGCAAGUUUCUCAAAAACCUACGAGGCCAUGUCGCGCCGGUCUAUCAGUGCGCCUGGUCUGCAGACAGUAGACUCAUCGUCACCGGCAGCAAAGACUGCACUCUCAAAGUGUGGAAUGCACGGUCUGGGAACCUCGCUAUGGACCUGCCGGGUCAUGAAGACGAGGUUUAUGCCGUGGAUUGGGCGGCCGACGGGAAGAUGGUCGGCUCGGGCGGAAAGGACAAGGCAGUGAGGACAUGGAGGAACUAG